UGUACGACACUUUGCAGCAUUCACAAAUCAGCAGAAUGAAGAUGGUCUUCUUGCUACUCCUACUGCACUUACAGAAUGGAAGUAUUGGAUUUAAUACUACAGGGAAGCUCUGGAACACAGGCCGGGGUGGUGAAACCCACAAGAGUCACUCAGAUGUGACUCCAUCUCCAACUGCAGUUUUGGGAUCGCCCCACUCUGAGAUCCAAGUUGCUGAAGUGACUGCCUCACCUCCCUUUGCAUCUUCAGGGAAGUCUCUGGGAAUGAAAGCAGUGAAGAAAACCUCCAAUCCUACAACCUCUACUGCAAGCCAGUCAAACAGACAUAGUGACGGUGACUUUGACAAAGAUAAGAUGGAAAGCUCACCUAGCAACAAAAGGGUACAGAGCAAUGCUACAGAGGUCUCCCUCCAUCGAGAGCUCACUACAAGCCACGAUACAGCUACAGAGAAGAGACGUCUUAAGCUGUCAUCCCACAGUAUGCAGCAGCAAGCCAACUCCAAAGCAUCUGGCUUUGAAAGUACCAAGGGAAAGAACUGGUGUGCUCACGUCCAUAGCAGACUCCUACCUACUGUGGUAGUGGACAACCUGGAAACCCUCUCAUCAGGCAGAGCGAAGCCUUGCACUUGGCAUAUUGGAUCUUGUGCUCAGAGAUCCCAGGCAACAACUUACCAAGCUUACAGAAUCAAACAUAAAAUAGUAACAUGGCUGGAGUGGAAGUGCUGCCCUGGGUACAGUGGGCAAGACUGCCAGCUCAGAGCUCAAGAACAACCAUCUCUUAUACACAGCAACCAGGCUGAGAGCAGCAGAACCAUCAUCGAGAAGAUACCUGUUGCUCCUCAGGACCCCACUGGGCCAGCACUCACAGAAAAAAUGAAUGAGAAGAUUAGCAACCAGGAGAUGGAACUGACUUCUCUACAGGAAAAGGUUGACAGCGUUGUUGCUGCAAUGAAUGAUAUGAGCAAGACGCUUUCUUCUCUGGAAGGCAAAAUCAAUGAAGAUAAGGGCAAAAGCUAUCAGCCUUUUCUAAAAGGUCUCAAAUCCCAUAGCAUUAAUGAAUUAGUCAAAGACAUUGUCAGAGAACACUUCAAAAUAUUUCAAGGCACAAUGCAAGAGACCACAGCUCAGAUUUUCAAAACUGUGUCUAGUUUGUCAGAUGAUCUUGAAAAUACAAAAGAAUUGAUGAAGAUUCUGAAUGAAACACAGCAAAAGAUUGCUCUGGAGAAAGACAGUGGACCAACAAAGCUUGACAUUCUGGAGCUAAAGAGUCAUAUGGUGCAGAUGAAAGAGGAAAUGACCCUUACUUGUGACAAGCCUAUGAAAGCUUUGCAGGAAAAGCAGAAAUCUUUGGAAGAUAACCUGGAGCAUCAACAGUCAAGAAGUGUCAUUUAUUAUGAAUCUCUAAAUAGGACUCUUAGCAAAAUGAAAGAUGCUCACACACAGCUGCUGUCAGCUGAACAGUCUUCAAGUCAAAACAUCCCUGCAGCAGAUAAAGUCACAGAGCAGAAUGUUACAGAGUACAUGACCACACUGCAUGAGAAAGUCAAGAAACAGGGUAUGAUGGUGCUGCAGAUUUAUGAUGACUUAAGAGUCCAAGACAGCAAGAUCAGCAAUCUCAGUGUUGCACUGGAAGUUCAAAAAGACUCUCUGCUGGGCGUUUGCAAUGACAUGUUGUCAGAGAGCAGAAGAGAUUUCCAAAUGCAGUUGGCAGCAGCCCAGGAGAACAUGCUUGUCCUAAACAAAAGUCUUGCUGACCUGGUCCUGCCUUUGGACAGUAAGGUGGACAAAAUGACCGAGCAAAUUAAUGAUUUGUGCUAUGAUAUGGAAAUCCUGCAACCCUUGAUUGAACAAGGGGUACCUUUCAGUCUGACAUCACAGUAUGAACAACAAAUCCAAGCUGAAGAAAUCGGGGAGCAGCUUCAAAACCUCACUACUGUCAUCAACAAAAUGAGUUCCACAAUUAAGGAGCUUUCCAAAUCUCAGGAAGGACUUAAAAAUGAGUCUCAGGCUUAUCAGGAACUGUUUGAGAGUCGUGUUAAUGAAUGCUCAAUGGAAAUAGAGGAUGGAUUAAACAAGGCCAUGACAGUAAUAAACAGUGCUAUUGAUUCUCUUCAAGAUAACUAUGUACUGAGAGAUACUCUACGUGCUCUGAGAAAUGAGACUGAAGUCUGCUGUGGCAGAGCUGAGAAACUGGAUGGCCUCCUGCAGCUGAAUGAAUCCCUCCAGACACUGCUUGUUGGCCAGAAGCAUGAAUCCACUUCGCAGGUAAUGCCAUCACUUUUUGACUUUCCAUACGAGAAGUCUGACAAAAAUAUCCUCCACAAUUUCAGAAGAGUUUUCUCUAUUUUAAAUGAUACAUCAUCAAAAGUAGUCAAUCAACAACAAGAUAUCAGCCGGCUGGAAGAAAAACUAUUUGAGUCAGUGGAGGAAUCAAAGGACCAUGAGGUUCGCCUUCUGAAUGUGGAGUCAAAAAUUUCCAAGUUUUUGGCAAAUAAUUUUGUCUCAUUGAAAAAAAACAAAGCUGCCUUGGCAGGAAAAGAGCAAGUGAUCUCCCUUCAGCUCCAGUCCCUGAGCUCCAGGAUCAAGGCCGUGGAAGCCAAAUCAAUCCACUUCUCAAACAGCAUUCUGCUUCUGAACAAGACUGCCUAUGAGGCCUGGGGGCUGUGUCAGGAUGCCAAUAGCAGCAUCCAAAAAGUAAAUGCCAGUCUACCUGUGCUGAUUAAACUUCUUCAUCCAGAUAUCCCCCUGCUGCAGACAGGCCUCAAAGACCUCGUUGAAUCUGUGUUUGAAAUAAAAGCAGGAACUAUCUUGACCAAUUUAACCCAGUAUGUCGAUGUAACAGUAGCAAAUGCAAUGAAUAACAUCACCAAACCUCAGAAGCCAGUGAAACCAGAUGUGAAAAAAACAGCCCCAGUGAAGAAAGGAGCAGCAAAUGUUACCCUGAGCCUGGCAAGCCGAAGUCAGAGAAACACGGAUAAUGCCAUAGAUCCAGGGCAAUAUUCCUCUUGCAUCAGUUCCCCAUGCCAGAAUGGAGGAACCUGUAUCAACGACAGACAGAGUUUUGUUUGUGCUUGUCGCCACCCCUUUGGAGGAGUCAACUGCAGCACCAAGCUGGUGAGCGACACUUCUCUGAGUGUUGAUUUUUCUAAAGGAUCAUACAGAUAUGCACCUAUGGUGGCUUUUUUUGCCUCUCAUACCUAUGGAAUGACAACUCCAGGACCCAUCAGAUUUAACAAUCUGGAUGUCAACUACGGAGCUUCAUUUGCCCCAGCAACCGGAAAGUUCCAUGUUCCAUAUCUGGGUGUCUAUGUUUUUGAAUACACCAUUGAAUCAUUCAGUCCCCGUGCCUCUGGCUACCUGGUCAUUGAUGGAAUAGACAAACUCACUUUUCAGGCUGAAAAUAUUAAUAACAAUAAGUACACUGACAGAGUCAUUACUGGAAAUGCUUUAUUAGAGUUAAAUUAUGGCCAAGAAGUCUGGCUCAGACUGGCAACUGGUUCUAUACCUGCCAAGUAUCCACCAGUAACUACAUUUAGUGGUUACUUGUUGUAUCGUACCUAGGCCACUCACAAAUGUCAAAAGGAAGCAUCUUACAUAUGAAUUUCUCUUUAAACACUUUGGGUUUCUAAUUGCAGUCAGCUUCUCAAAGUAACCAUACAAUGGCAUUUGAAGUGCUAAUUCUCCCAGAAGGCACUUGGCUGUAGUCAGCUGGAUAGCUACAGAGAGUCCACAGUUUAGAAGUAGGGGAAAACUGAGCGUCUUUCUUAUGUGCGCAUGUCUGGGAGGCACAAGUAUAAUUGCUUGCUACAUUUACAUGACAUAAACAUGCUUACACAAGGUUACUGAGAAUCAGUUAAGAUAAAUCAAAGCUGGUUUUGAUUACUCCUCUGAAACCUGAAUGCAUCACAAAGGUGAUGGAUACAUUUCAAUGAUUCAGAAGCUGGGAUACUGCUUAGCUCAUUGUAUCAAGUGAUAGCCAUGUGUGUAUACCCUGUUUGGGAAAAAGUACCUUUCUGUUUCAUUGUGCCUGACAUUAUUCACCACAUAUCUUUUUAUAUCAGUGCUUGCGUCAUGAUUUUUUAAUGUAACUGGUAUGAUAAUAAACUGAUUCUUUUAUCAGGAAAAAAAAAAUUGCUUGUUGAUACAUUCAGAAGGUCUUCAUUUAUAGUAGUGAUCAUAACUAGUCAUGAGAAAAACAUUAUAAAGGAUUUAGCUGCAUCUCUCUUUUGCUUGCAGUACAUAAACCACACCUGGAUUUCCCUUAGGUUAUAUGUUUUUGAGCAAACAUUGGCUUUGUGUAGAUUAUAGCAUGUCAAGUUCAGCCUACAACAUACAUAAGGUUCAAAGAGGUAACUGUAAUACUUUCUACACUUCAGCUCCAUACAUUUCUGAAUUUUUUGUUUUGUUUCUGAAUUAUAUUCACUAACUACUGAGGCAAGAUAAAAGCUGUUUCAGUCUGUGUAAACCAGAAUUUGAUUUCCAAGAACCAGUCCAAGAAAAAAAUACUGUUAGUUCAUGGUAUGACUGCCUGAAAAAAUAAACCCUCAAGUUCACAUA